UGUGACUGUAUUUUCUGUAGGUCUGGUAGUUAUGGCAUUUGGUCCAAGCUGCUCUUAUGCUCUUAUUAGAGUCUUGUAUGGUAGGAAAUGGAGCGAUGGAGAAGCUCCAACUGCACUCCGUUACUAUUGUCUUUAUGUCAUUGUUUUAGCUAUGAAUGGAACAUCUGAAGCGUUUCUACAUGCAGUGGCAAAUGAGAAACAACUAAAGCAUUCAAAUGGCUCCUUGCUCAUAUUCUCAGGGAUAUACAUUGUACUGAAUGUCCUGCUCAUACACUCAGCUGGUGCAGUAGGGUUAAUUGCAGCUAAUUCAUUAAAUAUGAUUUUCAGGAUUUUUUACUCUGCAGCAUUCAUUAGGCAUUAUUUCCAGGAUUCUAGCUCAUUUGCAUUCGAUCAGUGCUUGCCAUCUGGUUGGGCAGUUUUGCUUUUUUCAGGUGUUGCUACUCUCAUAUCUGAGCGAAUAUUUCUCGAUCGGGAAAAUUUCUGGCCAACCAUGUUCAUUCAUUCAUUCUUUGGAGUCACAUGCUUAUGUGUAUCCGCCAUUGUAAUAUAUCGCCGUGAGAGGUCUUUCAUCAACAAAAUCAUCCGUUUUCGGGAACAUGUUGAAUAGAAAUGACUAACUGAUACUUCACUUAAGCCUCGAAGGUGCAGUUGUGGCUGCGGAGAUAGAAUCAUCUUUUGUUUACCAUCAGGCAGUUCGUCAUUCCUUAUAUCGACAUCUUGAAACCUGACGUCUGAUGUGCCGAUGAUCCAGAAGCUCUUAGAGAUGAUAUAGUGUUUUAGCCCUAUUAUUUAUUUAUGGGAGAAGGUUCUCUGAGAAAGUGGCUUAGGGAAGCACCCCAUAAAAUGCGACCAAUGGUAUCAUACAUAGGAGGGCAGCGAUUGCAUUUCAUGAGGAUGAGAGAGAUAGACACAGAUGCUACUGUACCCUACCCCAGUGGCUCAGAGAACUUUUUCCCCUUUUAAUUUAUUUAUGUUGUUGAAUGUAGCCUUUAGUUAAGGUGGUUCAUUUCUUAGCCAUUUCAUAGAUUUUUGAGCCCUAGACUUUUGCCGGUUCUUUAGCUUAUAGAUCUGUAGGUAGAUAAGUAGAUUAAGGUCUUCAAUUUUUACAUAGUUUUCCAGGAUUUUUCCAUCUUGGAGGUUCGAUGUCUUGACUUGAAAAUGUUCAUACAUGUAUUCAGAUACUCUCCCUUUAUUUUGAUCCAUACAAUUGUAGAUAAGUACUGAUAAUUACAGCUAUGAAAUUCUGUUAUAUAUUUAUGGA